AAUUUUCUGGAACCUGGGAGGGCAGAAGCAGAUUUUGGUCGUUUUCCUGUGAAAUCAGUGAUAAGAAACAUCUACACUCUCUUCUCUAGAAGUGAGAUUCCAAUAGCAGCAGAUGAUCAAGAAAUCAUGGACUUGUUUGACCCAUCUACUCCCCUACCUCCUUGGUUCUCUGAGGAAGACCUUUCAACCUAUGCAUCGUUAUAUGAAAAAUCUGGAUUCAGAUAUGCAUUGCAGGUUCCAUACAGGAGUGCUAAGGUGGAAACUGGCUUAAGUGACGUGAAAGUUACUGUUCCAGCACUUCUUAUCGUGGGUGAGCAAGAUUAUUUCUUAAAGUUUCCCGGCAUGGAAAACUAUAUCCGAAAAGGGGUAGUGAAAAAUUUUGUGCCUAACUUGGAAACCGUAUAUAUUCCAGAAGGAAGCCAUUUUAUGCAUGAACAAAUUCCAGAGAAGGUGAACCAGCUCAUCAUUGAGUUCCUUGACAAACAAAGUAUCUGAUUCUGUUCUACAGCUGAAAGCUUGUUUGCUUUUUUGGCUUAAAUAUAUUU